AUGCCGCGCGCGAUGAGGAUGCCGAAUCCUGCGGCGAUCCGUACGGCGACUCAGCUACAGUGGCGGCGAAGUCUGCUUCAGCAGCCCGGUGGACGUCCUCUCCACCGGUUCCCUGCGAAGAAACCCAAGGCGUCCGCGGUCGCCGCCGCCGGCGGUGGCGCCGCCGCCGCCAAGAAACCGAAAGCGAAACCUACUCACCCUAAAACGUCGGAAAUGGUGAACAGCGCCAUCAAAGAGUUGAAGGAACGUAGCGGUUCUUCGCUUCAGGCGAUCAAGAAAUACAUCGCGGCUCAAUACAAAGUCGAUUCGGAAAAAUUGGCUCCCUUCAUCAGAAAGUAUCUGAAGAGCGCCGUAGAAUCGGGCGCGCUCAUACAGACCAAGGGCAAGGGCGCAUCGGGUUUGUUCAAGCUGGAAUCGAAAACGUCGGCUUCGAAGAAACCCGCGGGCUCCGGAGCGGGAAGCGGGUCCGGCGGCAGCGGUGGCGGCGGAGGCGGCGGCAAGGCCGCGUCCUCGGCGGCUUCGGGUAAAUCGAAGAAGGCCACGUCCGCUCCGGUCGGCGGCGGCAAGGGCGGCGGCGCCGCGGGCAAGAAAGCGGCCGCCGGCGGUGCUUCGUCCGGCACGGCGGCGUCUUCGCCGUCCAAAUCUAAGGCGAAGGCUACGAUUAAGGACAAAAAAGCGGCAGCGGCUAAAAAGAAACCGGCCGCCGCCGCCGCCAAGAAGGCCGCCGCGGCCGCCGCUCCUUCGAAGGCGAAGGGUGCCGCGUCGAAGGCGAAGAAGGGUGCGAAGCCGCCGACCAAGAAACCUAAAGCACCGAAACCGAAGAAGGCAGCCGCCGCUGCACCGAAGUCGAAACCGGCGGCUAAGAAAGCGGCCGCCGCUAAAAAGUCGGUAAGCGUGAACGUACGAGAGGGACAUCGUAGCUUAGAGAAAGAGAUAGCGAUACGUCAUUAUCGCUGCACCUCCAUACGAGCACACCGUACUGCGCGUAGUAGUUACCGGUAUAAAAGGAGACACCCGGUCCGUAAAUUUUCAUUCAGUCUCUGACGU